AUGUACAGAACAGCCCCCUCUGUACACAUUUCACAACCAUUAUCACAGUUCUCAUUCACCCUCUUCACCAAACUCCCGCCCGAGCUUCAACUCGAAGUCUUAUCGCACUGCCAGCAAAACGACCUCGUCUGCCUUUCCCUCGCCUCACACUCUCUCCGCGCUCUGACGCUCCCCAUGAUCCCGGCAAAGCCAUCCCUGUUUUCCUACGACCAAGCAUAUUGUCCAGAAGCACUAAAGUGUAAGUGCGGCGAUGCUCAGGCGAUCGCCGUCGUCCAAGACAGUUACUGGCACCGCAAGAAGCGCCACGUCUACAAGCAUACCAACACUCCGAGCGAAUGCUUGAACUGGUCGCCUUGCCGAUCGUAUCCCGACGGCCACGCAAUGUGUCGGCGGCAGUGGUGUAGGCACUGCUCAUGUACCACGUGUCCGCUGUACGCUAGACUGCGGGAGUCGAUGGGAGACCGGCGGUAUUGCUCCAAGUGCCGCAAGUUCACAAAGCGGCCUCAAACGAGGAAGUACAAAGGGAGAUGCAUGCAUGGCCGCCCUCAGGUUCGCAAAACCCCAAACAACCACUGGACGGCCACAAAGGGAGCGACCCGAUUCAUCCUCCGCCCCGCCAUCGCUGCUUCCACAGGUUGGACAUUAAAACACGCCGCUCGGGUCAAUAGCGUGUUUGGCCUUCGAGUGCCGCGCAUAGUCGGAACCAUGAAUGUUGACCUUCCAGUCCGGGUCGUCCCUCCCGGGUUCAUUCCUGCGAACCUGGCCCCAGCUGCGGCUACAAGUCUGCUCAGCGCCGGCUGGCGGGGCGUUGGUGGCACACGCAAGGUUGUCAGACUCCUGACACAUGCCCGCAGAUCGCUUUGCUUGCCGAAGUUGCACUCGGACGAACUCCAAGGAACCGUCGCCCACAACUCCCUGGCUUUUGGUGGUCUCGUCUACCCGGUACUCGACGGCACCGGAGUCAGUGUCCUCGACCGCCGAGGCAGCCCGAUCGGCGUCAAUGGUCUCUUGCUGGGAGGGGGCAUCUCGUCCUUCAGCUACGAGAAUGGCCAAGCGUCCUCCAGUGGCAACAUCAAGGCGUAUGAGACACGCCGCGCCCCAUCCGUGAUGAUCGCGUCACCCUUGUACGGUGGAGAAGAGGCCAAGCCAAAGUUCGUCGAUGGCAUUCACAAUUUCGCCAUCAAUGGGCACAGCGAUCGCCAUGCUACUAUGUUGCCCGCCAUCACCUCCGUGGUCUUGCCGUCGUUCCAAAAUGGUGGUCGUUCCUACGGCUCGAGACAGCGGUUCCACAUGCUCCCCAUCCACGCCAACAAGGAAGCGAUGCUCGUGGCCCGCGACUUGUUCUUCGGACUUGCAAAGUCCACGUUCAAGGGGACGCAGAGAGGGACCAUCGGCGUGGCUUUCAACCCCAUCACUUCGGCCUUUCUCAAAGCGACCAAUGCCCAGCCGGGUGCUAUACAAGGCAUUGACGAGUCGCCUUCGUGCUGGAUCGAACAGACCGAGUUCAACACCGGGGUCAGAGAGAAGUCAGAGACCCUGGGCGUGUUCUUUCCGUUCUACUGCUUGCACGAAGCAGGCAUCGGCCAGCCCGUCUUCGAGAGCUAUCCUGCGGGGAAUCUCGAGCACCUGAAAGAGUGA